CACGUCUUCUAUACCUCCACUAGCGACCAGCUUCAAUUUGCCACUCAAUGGCUCUACGUGAACGGAUGUCCGAAUGUCGGGAUGCCAACAACUACUACUUCUCCCAGUCCACCCAUUCCAACCCAAAACCCCAGUGUUCCUUGUCAGCUCACAUCACUCAACUAUGACGUCUACUUGAUCAUCGACACUUCGUCCGCUAUGAGUACAAGCGAUUUUUCGCAGCUCAAACAAGCACUAGUCAACUUCGUGAAUCCUUUUGCUAUCGGAGAUGGCAAAACUCAAUUUGCUUUGGUUUCGACCGCCAUCGACUCUGAACUUUACGGUACAAACUUCCAUAACGGGCAAGACAGGCAAACGCUGAUCAACACCCUGAACACACUUUCUCAAGACGCAUCCCAAGGACAAACUCUCAAAUUAUCUCUUCAAGCCAUCAGCAACACGUUCCUCUCCAAGAACUAUUCAACAAGGAACAAGUUGAUCGUAUACAUCACAGCAACGACAAGCUGGGACACAGACCCUAUCCAGUACAUGAAACAACUGUCACAAACCUAUGGCGUUAAAGCAGUGGCUGUGCAAUGGACAACGGGAGCAGAUCUGAGCUCGUUGGCUUCCUUCGCCGGUGGUUCUUCUUGUACUAAUUCAGCUGCAAAUCGAGCCAAUAUGGCUACUUGGCUUCAGACCAAAAUGUGCAGCCAAUCGUUCUGCCUAUAA